UAGCAGAAUCAAAUGAUGUAUCGACAUUAGGAUCUCCAUCUUUGUCAGCAACAUAUCGUUCAACAACUGCGCCAAGUUACGCGAUUGAUGGAAAUCUAACUACAGCUGCAAUGACUCCUCCUGCUGGUAACAAUAAAUGGUUUAAACUAGACCUUAUUUUCAUUUUUCGAGUUUAUCAAAUAAUUGUUUGGAAUCAUUUUGCAAACACAUUUAGAAUGAAUGGUAACAAUCUGACAGCCAGUAUAAACGACAAACCAUCAGAAUAUUUUCUGAUUGGUAGAUUAAACUCUAACGCAAAACAAGUUUUUACAGGAUCAUAUAUUGUUAGGUAUAUUCUAAUCACGAAGACUGAUUCUGACGCGCUUCAGGUGGCAGAAAUAAAUGUUUUUGUGUGACGUUUCAUAAAUAACGUAUUUUAAAAGUCAUGGAUUUUACCAUAAAUACUUAUACUUAUAAAAAAAUCAGUUAUACUUAUAAAAAAGUCUCUAUGUAAGCAAAGUAAUUAAGUAAAGUCCCAUUUUUAAGUCUACUUUUACGUUAGAAUACCAACC